AUGAAGCUGUGGGUGCGCUUGAUUUUAUCAGUGGUGUUCCUCUGGUCGCUAGCGAUUCUAGGAUCAUGCGAGAGUCAAAAAAAGUCCGUCUCGAGUGUUCGACAUCGAUCCGAAAAGCCAAAUGCCGAAAGAUUCACGACUGGCGGGAAUAAUGACUGGAAAGAUGCGGAAUCUGGCAAAGAGCUUGUUGAUUCUGCAUUACGAAAACUUCGAGCGAUCAAAAUCUCGACGGUGGCACACGACAGACAGUCGGGAAUAAUUGGAUAUGCUUUACACUAUGCCAAACGCGCAUUUUAUUUCUUGUUCAUGAAUGGGCCAUCACUCGAUGACGAAGCAUCCCGUUUGGCAAGUCGGUCGAAUAAGCUCCUCCCGGAGCUAGUGGAAGCCAUACAUGAAUUGAAGGUGGCAGCAGAGACAUCUGGCAAUGCGGAUGCAAUGCUCCUUCUGGCUGACAUGAAUUUUUACGGCAACUUCUCGCAUCCACGCAACUUCAAAGAGGCCUUUCGAUGGUACCAAGAGCUUGCCUCAGCGACCGGAAAUAGCACGGCACAAUUCAUGGUCGGAUUCAUGUAUGCAACUAGUAUUGGUGAUGCGGUUGAGCGAGACCAAGGGAAGGCAUUGUUGUAUCAUACGUUUGCCGCGGAGCAAGGAAACACUCGCUCCGAAAUGACUCUUGCUUUCCGUCAUCAUGUUGGUAUUGGCGGUGCACGGGAUUGUGAUCAGGCAGUGCACUACUACAAACAAGUCGCCGAUAAAGCGAUCGCCUAUCUACGGUCUGGGCCUCCUGGCGGGCGGGUUAUGGUUCGGGAAUCAUAUCGAUGGGCCGAUGAUGACGGAGGCAUAUAUGGAGAGGGUGCAAGCUUUUCAAGCUCGGGACCGAACGCUCAUAGAGAUGGCAGUCAUGCUAGUGCAGACGCUAACCUUGAAGAUAUUAUCGAAUAUCUAGAUCUCUUGUCGAAAAAGGGUGAGCUCAAGGCAACACUGAGUCUAGGAAAGAUGUACUAUGACGGAGCUAGAACAUUACCGCGUAAUUAUCGCAGGGCUAUGAAAUAUUUCAGGGGCGUUACAAAACGGUACUGGACUAAAGACGGAGAUAUCCUUGCCAACCACCCCGUGGGUAUUGACAAGGUGGCAGCUAAAGCAGCAGGUUACAUUGGGAUGAUGUACUUACGCGGAGAAGGCGUCGAGCAAAGCUUCACAACAGCCAUGUUAUGGUUCAAGCGCGGUCUUGCAAACGGUGAUGCCUUGUGUCAGUACGAGAUUGGGUUGAUGUAUUUGCAUGGCUAUGGAGUUCCAAAGGAUGCAUACAAAGCCGCAGAAUAUUUCAAAACAGCUGCUGAACAGGAUUUUCCAGCUGCGCAGACAAGAUUUGGUGCAUUGUUCCUCGAUCAGGGAGAUGUACAAACCGCUACCAAGUACUUUGAGCUGGCCGCUCGCUGGGGCUGGAUGGAAGCUUUCUACUACCUCGCGGAGAUUGCUAACUUUGGGGUUGGUCGAGAACGGCAUUGCGGAAUGGCUUCGGCAUAUUACAAAAUGGUUGCGGAGAGGGCUGAAGAAGUCCAUUCCUCAUUUAUCGAGGCCAAUGAUGCGUAUGAAAAUGGUGAUCGUGAGACGGCACUGAUUGCCGUCAUGAUGGCCGCCGAACAGGGAUAUGAAAAUGCACAAGCGAACGUUGCGUACCUCUUGGACGAACAGCGAUCAGUAUUUUCUUUGGAUAGAAUACUUCCAUGGACAACUCAGAAACCCCGCUCACCCUUGCUUCGAAACGCAGCACUUGCUCUCAUUUAUUGGACCAGAUCAGCGCGACAAUCAAAUAUCGAUUCUUUGCUAAAAAUGGGAGACUACUACCUAGGAGGGCUUGGUAUUCCAGCUGACCCUGAGAAGGCCUCGACAUGCUAUCAUACGGCGGCGGAAGGCCAUCAUAGCGCACAAGCAUUCUGGAAUUUGGGUUGGAUGCAUGAGAACGGUGUUGCCGUAGAGCAGGACUUCCAUAUGGCUAAACGCUACUAUGACCUGGCGCUUGCAACAAAUCAGGAAGCUUAUUUCCCUGUGAAACUCAGUUUGAUCAAACUACGCAUUCGUCAUCUAUGGAAUCGCAUUACCAACGGCAAUAUCAACGGCAUCCAGGAUGAAAAGGAAUCGAAAGCACCCAGGACAUUCAAAGAGUGGAUCAUUGCAUUCCUAGAGAAUGAUGAAGAAGAAGCCCAGCAAUACUCACAGCUUCUUCGAGAGCGUGAAGAGGAAACGGAACUUAUCGGAUCACAUCACCGUGCAGACAACGACGAUACAGGCUACUAUGACGAACUCGACAUUGAUAUAGAUGAGAGUGUGCUGGAGGCGUUAAUUAUAGUUGCGCUUGCAGCAACGCUGUUGAUCUUAGUAUAUAUCAGACAACAGCGUAACAGACAGAGAGAUAAUGGGAAUGCUAAUAAUGGCGCACAACAACAGCAACAGCAACAAGCAGCUGGCGUUAAUCAGAAUGGCGACGCCGUUAACAAUGGCAAUGACAGAGGGCUUUUCCCUCGACCGGAUCAGCCAGAGUUUGCUCAAUGGGUUGCAGGAGGAGAGAUAGAGGGCAAAAUGUCGCAAUCUCCAAACCCUCAAGCAAAGCGCCGCCGUUUAGGCAACGGAGCAUCAGCACUGUCACGUCCAUUCAAGUCACCAUUGCCCGCGCAACGAAAGGAGCCUCCAAAACCAGAUGCAUCAAACAGCCAGGCACAACAAACUCCAAAGCAUCCAGACAAACCACCAUUUCAUAACUCUCCUGUCAGUCCCUCUUUGAACAUCAAGACUAGCCAAUCACGACAACCACAUGCUUUCGAAUCAGACCCAGAUAUAAUAGCACUUCGCAGGAAACGACUCGUCCUCCAAUCUCAACUCACAUCCCUACGCUCAGAGCUUGAUACAGUACAGCAAGCACUAAGGAUCGAAUCUAGUUCAAGAGAUGACGAACUUAGAGCUCUCAAGGUUAAAUGGCGCAGCAUAAGCCAGAAAGCUGCUGAGGAAUUGUUUGAGACCGCCAAGGAUAAGAUUGAAAGGAUGGGAGGAGUGGGAGCUUGGAAGGAGAGCGAGAGACAGAGGAUGAAGAGGAUGCAGAUGUGGGAAGAUGAUGAUUUUUAUGGUGGUGGUGUUCCUGGUGGAGACGAUGGUGUCGAGGGAGAACUGAGGAGUACGAUUGAUGCUGAUGAUGAGAACGGUGGGUGUGAACAGAAGGAUGGCAACGAGGAGGAGACGUUCACUAUGGACAUGAUGCUGAAGAGUCUGAAUAUCGAGACUGACAUUAUCGGCUUUGAUGUUGUCGAAAAGCGAUGGAAGAGUGAUUGA